CUGAUCAUCUGACGGCAGACGGCUCCUCCCUGCUCCCUUCAGUCCGCUACGCAAAGCAGCGGCUCGGGCACAACUCUACCCGCGUUUUAAUACACAGGCUCGUCUUCUUGAGUCAGAGACGGACUCGACCUAUCCACUUUGAAUAGACAAGGGCUCCAUUCCCUCUUCCGGUGUCUGCUUUCAAAUGAAUCGGUGAUGAGAGCGGCCGAGAAGAGACGAGCGCUCUUCUUCUAUGUGGACAGACGGUGUGCAAAAGUGCGCUCCGUGGUUCAGGAUCAUCGCCACCUUUCCUUCCCGAGAUCAGCCCAAACCCAAGAGGCGCGCUGAGAUCCUCACCGACCCACUCGUGCGAGAUGUUCUGUGGACUGCUGAUGAUUUCUCCUCCUCCUCCUCCUCCAGUUCAAAUUCAGUGGCAGACAAAGACUGCAAUUCCCACUGCUCUUGUCACCACUGAGCUCACAAAGGCAGAUCUGGUCCACAGCUAAACCAUUGUCUGUGUUUUUGUGCUUUUGUUUUUGCCAGUGUUAACUCUCUAGUCAUCAUCAUGGCUUGUUUUCUGGCAUCAACCUUUCUUUUGGUUCUUCAGACAUAUGCUGCACCACCCGAGCUUACCCAGGUAAGCUUUGACAUAACAAUGGGCUCCGUGGACCUUCAUUCUGGACUACCAGGCAAUGUAUCUGGAGCUGUGCCUUCCUCUCCACCCCCAGGAACUAGUAAAAGAGCCCCACAAAGCAUCAUCAUUGGGGUACGUAAGGGAGGCACAAGAGCACUGUUAGAAAUGCUAGACAUACACCCUGAGGUUGCUGUUGCUGCCACUGAGGUGCACUUUUUUGACUGGGAUGAGAAUUAUGCCAAGGGCUUUGAGUGGUACCGUGAGUUGAUGCCAUACUCUUACCCACAACAGAUCACAAUAGAGAAAACUCCAGGUUACUUUACAUCGGCCCUUGCACCUGAUCGCAUCUGUGCCAUGAACUGCUCAAUAAAGCUACUACUGAUCUUGCGAGAUCCCGCCGAUAGAGUCAUCUCUGAUUACACCCAGGUGUACUUCAACCGGCUGGAGAACCAUAAGCCGGUGCAAGCCAUUGAGAACUUGCUAGUGCGCAAUGGUGCUCUGAAUAUCCGGUACAAGGCCAUUCAGAGGAGCCUGUAUGACAUUCACAUGCGUAACUGGCUGCGUCACUUCCCCCUGGAACAAAUACACAUUGUAGAUGGCGAUGCUCUGAUUCGCAACCCACUGCCAGAGCUUCAGAAGGUAGAGCGCUUCCUCAGUUUGCCCCCAAGGAUAGUGUCAUCCAACUUCUACUUCAACCAGACCAAAGGAUUUUACUGUAUCCGAAGUGAUGGUCGAGAGCGUUGUCUGCAUGAGUCUAAGGGUCGCCCUCAUCCACCUGUUAACAGCACCGUCCUCCAACAGCUCCGCUUGUAUCUACAGGAACACAACCGAACCUUCUUCAGGCUGGUGAAGCGCACCUUUGACUGGCAAUAAGAAAUCCAGAUCACAAAUCAGACUCAAAGGAGCAUCUACAUUUUCUGUGAUGAGGACAAAAAGAGGCAUAAGGCACUUUACAGACCAUUAUUAACAUUCAAAAACACAGAAUAACUACUGUUGUGGUCUCUGGUUGCUGCAAAAAUAUGAAAAACUGUAACUAGAGGCAUAAGAUUAAAUGGAAGAAUUUCCAAUCUUAAUAAAUCAUUCUCUCUGUGCUGGAAGCAUUUAAGUUAUCAAACUAUGGCAAAAACAAGUUUAUGAAACUGAUGAACUUUUUUCUUCUCUCUUGUUUGAUAUUCUUGUUCUUGAUAAUAAAUUGUUCUGCAUUUAAAUGUACCAGAAAAGUACCAUGUUUUUAUGUCUCUACAUCUCAUUCUGGCUAUCAGAAGACCCUGAGCUGUCUACUCUGUGUUAUUUAAAGAGUAUACUAAGGUAGGCAGUGGCAUUAGAUCAAGUCUUUGAUUUGCUGUGGUCUAAGGUAGACAUUAAUGCAAGGAAAUGGGUACCCUGCAGCAGAGCUUUAGUAGUACAGGAAUCACUAAUGGUUUUGGACAUUGAAGGUAGCCUGUGCCUGGAGCUAAAUCAGUCACAUCACCAUAGUCAGCAAGCUCAAUUCCAGGGAGU